AACAGCUUGAUCGAAUUUCACGUGUAGCUUUCAAUUUGUUUAUUUUCGGUUUGCCGCCAAAAUGAGCACAGCAAGUGACAAAAAAAUUGUUAUUAAUAAACGUUUAAAAGGUUUGCCCCGUGAGGCUCUGGAAAAACUGAGCCAAACGGAGUUGAUUGAUAAGGUUGUCCAAUUGGAAGCUUACAACUUUCAGCUGCGAAAUCUGCUGCAGAAAAAGCUAACUGAGCACGAUAAAAAUGAUAAGGAAUAUGCUUUACUAUUUGAAAAAGACAAGGAAGACAAAGUUUCCAAAGAUGAAAAGAUGUCCAGCAAAAUGCAGAAGCAACGUAAGUUCGAUUGGAGCAGUGCUCACAGGCGUCAUGUUUUGCUAAAGAUUACCUACUUUGGCUGGGAUUAUCAAGGAUUUGCCUGCCAGGAGGACUCUAAUGAUACCAUCGAAUCAAACUUGUUCCGUGCUCUAAGUCGAACUUGCCUUAUUGAAUCUCGUGCCACCUCUAAUUAUCAUCGUUGUGGACGCACUGACAAGGAAGUAAGCGCAUUCUGCCAAGUGAUUUCCAUCGAUCUUCGCAGCAAGCAUUCACCCGAAACUCAACUGGAUCCCACGGCUCUCUCCUCUGAAAUCGAUUAUUGUGGUCUGUUGAAUCGCGUCCUACCCAAGAACAUCCAGUGUGUGGCUUGGAUGCCAUUGCGUAGUCCUGUUUAUAGUGCUCGAUUUGAUUGCGUAUCGCGUAGCUAUCGUUACUACUUUCCGAAGGGUGACUUGGAUAUCUCUUCCAUGCAGGAAGCUUGCAAUCUCCUAGUGCGCCAUGCGGAUUUUAGAAAUUUCUGCAAAAUGGACGUGCACAACGGAGUGACGAACUACAUGAGGAACUUGCAAUCAGCCAGGGUGGAAGCUUGUGAGGAGAAACAAUUAAAUUCAGGCUACGACAUGUACUAUCUGGAGAUCCAAGCUAAUGCCUUCCUCUGGCACCAAAUAAGAUGCAUUAUGGCAGUACUACUACUUGUUGGUCAGAAAAAAGAGAAACCCAGCGUUAUCAGUGACUUGCUCGAUGUGGAGUCCAAUCCCUGCAAGCCUCAGUACACUCCUGCCAUUGGUUUGCCCUUAAAUCUCUUUAGUUGCGAUUUUCGAGACAAGACCACGAGGAAUAUAAACCAUUCACCUGGUGGGGAAGAAAUUGAAGAAGCUAUGGAUACGACCAUGGAGGAAACCGGGGACUCGGAUCCUUCUGCUGAAUCAAAAAGUGAUCUUACAACCUGGAUUUACAAUAAGGAAAAUCUACAAAAGCUUAUUGAGAACACUCAAUGUGAGUGGACACAAUUCAGUGUAAAAAGCACCAUGAUCAGAAAUGUGCUCCAACAACUAGAGACUUUUCUAGAAGAGAACUUUCAAUCCACGGAGAAGGUGCAGGCACAAGUAAUCCUGUUGCAGGAUUCUGUCAAGCCGCGUCAAUAUCAACCACUCCUCGAACGCAAACGCUGUGAGAGCUUGGAGAACCGGAUAGACCAUUUUGUUAAGAAGCAACGACUGAUUGUCAAAGAUGAAGCGGAAACGGCGUGAUUAAUUUUAAAAAACUGUCAUUAAAACAAACCAUUAGUAGUUUUUCAGGUAAAUAUAUUUAACUUGUAUGUA